UGUUGGUAUGAUCCUGUUAUGUAUUGCGGCACGGAGGCAAAUAUAUUUUGGUGUACUUACAAAUAAAGAAUAAAAGGUGAGAGCUAUCAACACUUUCCCAAAACCUAUCAAGCCAUUAGCUCACAAUCAUUGUUCAGGUUGUUUGUUAAACCCAUCAAUUGAAUCUAUAGACUAUAUAAACAACGAUGGCAUCUUAUGAAGAGAAGUUCGAUGCUUCUUUAGACUUAUUAAGAAGAUUGGAUCCUAAGUCAAUUGCAAAGAAUCUUAAUGAUAUUUGUACUGUCAUUCAAAAUAAUGAUCAUGAUUCCACUGGGGAAGAUUUAGUACAAGACUUAUUAUCAUCCAUUGAUACUCCAUUGAAGGUUUCUAAAUGUAAGGAGUCAGGUAAGGAUUACUUAUCCUGUGAUUAUAAUAGAGAUGGUGAUUCUUAUAGAUCUCCUUGGUCUAAUAAAUAUUAUCCAACUCCACAAGCUGAUGAUGAUCAACCACCACCAUUCCCAUCUAGUUCUUUAAGACAAUUGGAAAUCAAAGCUAAUGAUAGUUUUGAUAUUUAUCGUGAUUUAUAUUAUGAAGGAGCUGGUAUCUCUUCAGUAUAUUUAUGGGAUACAGCUGAAGAUGAUGAAAAUACUUUACAAGAUGGAUUUGCUGGAGUCGUUUUAAUUAAGAAAGAAACUGAUGAUGGAUCAGGUAAAUGGGAUUCAAUCCAUGUGUUUGAAGUUAUUCCUGAAUCUUCUACUUCAUACUUAUAUAAAUUAACUACCUCAGUUAUACUUGAUUUACAAAAUCAAAAAUUAUCUUCGUUAUCAUUAUCAGGAACUUUAACCAGACAGUUAGAAUCAGUUCAAAGCAUUGAAGUUGAUGGUGGAGUUAAUUUAGAAACCAAUCAUUUAAUCAAUUUAGGUACUUUGGUUGAAAAAUCAGAAUAUAAUAUUAGAAACUUAUUACAAGAAGUUUAUUUCGAUAAAUUAAAGGAUAUCAUGUUAAAGGAUUUAAGAUCAAUUGGUGAUAUUGGUGAUAAGAAAUUGGAAGAUUUACGACAAUCGGAGCUUAUUAAAGGUUUACAAACCUUAUAAGGAUUAAAUUAUGACAACAAAUUAAAUUAAAUAAAUAAACAUAUAAAUAAAAGUUAUUUUUAUAAAUACAAUAUGAUUCGUAAUAACUAAAAAUGAUUAAUAUCUACUCUAAUAAAUAAUCAACAACAAAAAACACUAACAUAACCUAAACAAAUUAUACCCCAUUAAAUAUAAAAGAUACAUUCCCAAAAAAAAAAUAAAAUCCAAUCUAUAACAUACCUCAUUUUAGAGUUGUUUCAUCUUCACCAUCAUCAUCUAGUCGUCCAUUGAGUGAAAUAAUCAGAGUAUCAUUA